AUGCGUCUGCUCCUGUGGGUGUUGAUUGCGACUUUGGCCAUCUUCGUUUCGAGCUGUGAGGCCGCUUCAUUCGACAAGAACAAGCCACUACCGCGCGUACUAUCUAGCAAGUCGACGUCACACGUCCGUGCGGUAGAAAAUGCCAUCGAGAUCGACACUCGUAGAGGCGACAGCGGCAGGGAUGAGACUGAAGAGCGAGGUAUUGCCCAGACGAUCGCCGAUAAAGCCAAGAGUAUCAGCAAGAGAACAGUUGAUACAUCCAAACACCUUAGUAAGAGAACCGUCGAGCUAUGGAGGCGUCUCAAAGCGUGGUACCUCAAGAAGGAGGCAGGCAUACUCGAGCGAAGAUUUAAGGAACUAGUUGCGGAGAAAAAAACGUAUGCCGACGUCAAUGGGAAACUCUGUUGUAUAGUGGGCGGUGGUCGACUCCGUCAGGCUUCAAGCGGUUUCUCAAGAAGUAUAUUGAAUGGUUGA